AUGUCUGAUUUCAAAGUUAAGGCUGGUUUGGCCCAGAUGCUAAAGGGCGGUGUGAUCAUGGAUGUGGUCACCGCCGAACAGGCCAUCGUGGCAGAAAGAGCCGGUGCAUGUGCUGUGAUGGCUCUGGAGAGAAUUCCGGCAGACAUGCGCAAAUCUGGACAAGUGUGCCGGAUGUCGGACCCUAAGAUGAUCCGCGAGAUCAUGGCAGCAGUGUCGAUCCCCGUGAUGGCCAAGGUCAGAAUCGGUCACAUUGUCGAGGCCCAGGUUCUGGAAGCGCUAGAGGUCGACUACAUCGAUGAAAGUGAAGUGCUGACUCCAGCUGACAAGGUGAACCAUAUCGUCAAGAACAACUUCAAAGUGCCCUUCGUGUGUGGAGCCAAGGACCUCGGCGAAGCGCUAAGACGUAUCAAGGAAGGUGCUGCCAUGAUCAGAACCAAGGGUGAAGCCGGAACCGGUGACGUUUCGGAAGCCGUCAAGCACAUCACACAAAUUCGUGGCGAGAUCGCCGAGGUCAUCGAGAAGGUCAAGACGGAGGCCGAAUUUGAAGCCAAAGCCAAGGAACUACGUGUUCCUGUGUCUCUGCUAAAGGAAGUUGUGCAAUUGGGCAAGCUUCCUGUGGUCAAUUUCGCCGCUGGCGGUGUGGCUACUCCAGCGGACGCUGCUCUAUUGAUGCAAUUGGGUUGCGACGGUGUGUUUGUCGGUUCGGGCAUUUUCAAGGCUUCUAACCCAGAAAAGUUGGCCAAAGCUAUUGUGCAGGCUACCACUCAUUACCAAGACCCUAAGAAGCUAUUGGAAGUUUCCACUGACUUGGGUGACUUGAUGGCUGGUGUCAGCAUUGACAGCAUCAACAAGUCCAACGGAACUCGUCUCUCUGAGAUUGGAUGGUAA